AUGUACCACGUCCACGGUCCGACUUUGGAAAUGAUCAUGCAUACAAUGGACUCGAACCAGAUGCAUUCCUCUAAGUCUUCCUACCAAUAUAAUCAACAUACUUCUGAUGUUGCUUCUACCCAAGCUUUUUCUGCGGCUGCACCUGGCAACUGUACCCUGCGCCAGAGACAGACGGCCACACCCAGUCCAAACAAUGCUUCUUCACCGACUUCUGUUCCCACUACCACGAACUUGACUAUCCCCGUUCCUUCUGCAGUUGGCGUCAAUGUCUGCACCACUACCAACUCUAUUACUUCGGUAACCAGCCUUAAUACAUCUGGUAGCAACCUUCUUAGCAGUGGCCCUGCCACAGGCGGAGCGCUAAUUAUCCGUCCUUCAGUUGUGACACGUACUCGCAUCUGUUCUACUUCCUCUAUCUCCGGAAGUCUGGGGACCGUUUCUCCUAUCUCUAUCACUUGUUCUGGACAACCAGCUAUGCCGGCUCAGGUCGGUAUCUCCCUAUCACGAUGCUUUUUAUAA